UCGGCCUCCCUAAGUGCUGAGAAUACAGGCAUGAGCCACUGCGUCUGGCUGGUAUCUAUACCUUUUUACAAUGUGUAAAAUUAUGUUGCUUUCUCCACUGGUUCGCUAGACCUGGCUACUUGCCUGAAACAUAUCAGAUUUGUUGAAUAAACAUUCAAGUGUAUGUAUGUAUGUAUAUAUGUAUAUGUAUGUAUUAGUAUAUAUAUUUUAUAAGUGGAAAAAUGUAGAUCUAGUUUUAUACCUUGAAUAAUAGAAAUGGCUAGAAAAACAUAAAAUCUCAGUAAGUAGCAUGUAGAAAGAAUUCAUUAUAUUUAAAAAUGCAUACAAUUAUAAUGCAUAUUUUUGUUACUGUAGUAGAAGUUUGUUAUACAAUGUAGACUAGGGACCAAAAUAAUGCCAAAAUAAUUUUUCCAUAGGUUAGCUACAAAAAUAGAUGAUUGUGUAUCAUUUAUAUACACGGAAAACAUAAUGAAAACCUCCUAGAAGAGGAAAUUUGUAACUGUAUUUUACUAAAGCACGAUAUUUUGUAUUUUUAGGCCCUUUGACUCUAAAAAAUUUAUUGUGAUACGACAUUUUAAAAAGGUGUUUUUUUUUCCCAAGGGUGUCAGUUUAUUAGGCAUAUGUACCCAAUGUGCAGUCAUGACCAGAGGGAGGUAAAGAAUAAUAUUUAUGGAGAGUAGAUAUUCUUACAUUUUACCUGAACAACAAAUAAAGAAUGAAGAAGAUUUGCUUACAUAUUUUUGUGGGUGAAUGGGAGUCAAAUUAAGAUCUCAUGAUUGGAGAAGAGUGAUGGGAGAGAAACCAUCUCUGAUAGCUUAGAGAUUCAUCUGGUGCUACAAUACACACGCCACAUGAAGGCAAUCGUCUCAGUAAUAUCCAGUUUAUUUAAAAGAGUAAAUUAUCAUUCACAUUUGUCAACUUAAAAAUUCAGUGUACAGAGAGCCUACGACUUACUCAAGUUUCUUUACAAACUUUGGGUGCUAUGUUGUGAGAGUUAGCGUACAAUUUUGGUUGGUGUCUUUCCUGAAUUUAGUACAUUAAAUGAAGACACCAAGAACUACAUGAGAAACAAUGUAUGACUCUUAAAAAGAAACUGAGUUUAAUUAUAUCAGAGAAAAAUCUGUUUAAAAUAAAUUCCUUUAUUUAAAAAAAUCCAUACGAUAAGAUAAUUUUGAUAUAUAACUGCAACCAUAUUGCUUUCAGGAUGAGAUCUUGUCGGCUGGAAUGCAUCAACUAUUAGAUAGUCCUUAUAUUCUGGGAAGAUUCUUUGGCAGUUUUUGUCCCAACGGACUAGUUAGAGGGGCCUAAAGAGACAAGGUUUAUUUAGGGUUUAACUGCUGAGUAUACAAUCCAGUUUCUUUAUAGGAAAACCACUGGAGUUAAAGAACUAAAAGGAUUUUAGGCUUGUUUAUAUAUCGAAGAGAAGAUGAUAGCACCAAAAUCCAUAAUCAACAAAAGGUAAUUAAAUUUCUACUUUUUUUUUUUUUUAUUUCAGCCUAUGCUGGUUCCAAGGGUAACUGCUCUCUGUUUUAAAAACAAACAUCUGAGGCCAGUGCAUUUUAAAUUGCAUGUAAAGUAUUACUGUUAGUACAGUUAGUUAUUUCUUUUUGUUCUAUUUAAUAUUAGUUAAAAUUCCAAUAUUUGUUAAUUUUCAAGUGGGCAUGUUCUUGGAGUCACUUUGCAAGUAAUCAAUAAGGAGAUAUGACAAUCCAUUCAGCCUUUCUUUUCUAGUUCCUCUUACAGCCAGCAAAGGGUUGUCAGUACAAGAAGGUUUGGGUUAGCGUAUUCAGAAUCGUAGGAAAUUAAAACCAGAAUGGCUAGCAGCUAGAGUUUGCGUAGCUGACGAAUGUGUGAAACUUUUUAUAGUUUUUAUUGACUAGAUUUUUUUUCACAUUUCAAGUGAAAAAAAAAAAAGCCCCACUCAUCCUGCCUUGUUCAGAUGAAACUACAUUGGCCUAUAAUAUCCAUAUAUAGACUAUAAUAUCUAUAUUGGCCUAGAUGUUAAUAAACCUGAAAGAUAUUUUAAAAUAUUUGGUCUAUUCACUGUAUACCACAAAACUUAAGGGACAUUUGACUCCAUUAUGUAUGAUAUUUUGCUUAUUAUUUUUAAGGAGACUGCGGUAAUGCUGAAAACCUCAAGCCAUGUGUAACCCAUGGGUGGCGUGGUUAGGAGUGCUGCCACUCUUCAUCCUGCUAACUCAGGCAGCCCUCAAACCAGCAAUGCCUCCGGUGAUCGACAGUCAGCCUUUCAGCAUUUUCUGGGCAGCCCCAACAAUGUACUGUAUGCCUUUCUUCAACGUGAAUAUGAAUCUUCAAGUAUUUAACAUUAUAUCAAAUCCUUUAGAGACUCAGAGUGGGUCAAAAAUUGCCAUAAUUUAUCCAAACGAAUUAGGGUAUUACCCUUACUUCUCUCAAGAUGGAAAAUCCUUUAAUGGAGGAAUACCGCAGAACGUGAGCCUUUCUGAACAUCUUAGGAAAGCUGCUGAUGACAUCGGAGAAGCUGUCCCUUGGUGGAGAUCAGAAGGACUUGUUGUUAUUGACUGGGAAAGUUGGAAACCCCAGUGGGAUAGAAAUCGGGGCAGCCGAAUAAUAUAUAACAACCACUCUUUAGCCUUCACUAGAAACCAUCAUCCUUAUUGGUCAGAAAUGAAAGUGGAAACAGUUGCCCGAGAGGAAUUUGAAAAUGCUGGAAAAAAUUUCAUGAACGUUACUCUCACAUUGGCUUUAGAAAUGAGACCAAAAUGUUUAUGGGGCUUUUAUCUCUACCCAGACUGCUACAAUUAUGAUUACAGAAUAAAUCCAGAGACGUACACAGGUAAUUGUCCGAAUGAUGAAAUUCUCCGCAAUGACCAACUCCUGUGGCUGUGGGAGAAAAGCGCAGCGCUUUAUCCUUCAAUAUAUUUGGAUAAAAUACUGAAGUCAAGCUUAAAUGCUUUGAAAUUUGUUCACUAUCGGGUGAGAGAAGCCAUGAGGAUUGCUGAAAUGGCUAGACAUGACUAUGUUUUGCCGGUUUUCAUUUUUUCCAGACCAUUUUAUUUGCAUAGUACUGAAGCUCUCUCACAGGAGGACUUAGUGCAUACAAUUGGCGAAAGUGCUGCAUUGGGGGCAGCGGGAGUAAUAUUGUGGGGAGGAUAUGAAUAUUCUGCUUCAAAGGAGAACUGCUUAUCUAUGCAACAAUCUAUCCGAGGGCCUUUGGGCCAUUAUGCUGUGAAUGUGACAUCGGCAGCAAAGCUCUGCAGUCAGAAUCUAUGUAACAAUCACGGAAGAUGUAUUCGAAAAACACCUGAGUCCUCCUUCUAUCUGCAUAUGCCUGAAAGCAGUGGUAAGAAAUAUGUUCUAAACAAGAGUUUCAGAUUCAUCAUUUCUGAACACAAUAAACAGAAGACAAUAACAGCUAUGAAGAAUGGAUUUGUGUGUCACUGCUAUUACGGCUGGCAUGGACCAUCUUGUCAGGAUCACUCUUCAGAUCUCCUAAGAGAGAUGAAUAAGGCUCCUACUGUUAACUUCAAUUUAUUAGUUUUUCUCAGUAUGGCUUUUCCUGUGAUCCUGCUAAAAAUUUUUUUAGCCCUUACUACAAUGCCAAUUUUUCCUUGAAAUACUAAACAGUAGCAAGUGUUGAUUUUUUUCAACCUCAAACCUCUCCCAAAAUAUGUAUUGACUUUAAAGUAAAAAAUAAAAAUAAAAAAGGUAGUCAUUGAUGCCAUUCAUUGAAAUAGCAAUUAUUUACUGGGUGUUUACCUCAUGCAAGGCAAUAGGGAAAAGAAACUGAAUAUACCUGCUCUCAGGGAGCUUAAAUACUUGUGGGAAAAUGAACAAUGAUAAAUAAGCAAUAACCAAGUCUGACAACAUAGCAAUAUCCCAUCUCUACAAAAAAUGUAAAAAAUAGCUGAGUGUGGUGGUGUAGACUGUAGUCCCAGCUGCUUUGCAGGCUGAGGUGGGAGGAUCAUUGAGCCCAGGAGUUCAAAGCUGUGGGGAACUACGAUUGUGUGACUGCACUCUAAUCUGAGUGACAAAGUGAGACCCUGUCUCAAAAAAAAUUUUUUUUAACCCAAUACACUAACAAACACACAUAUAUUUGGUGGUUGCAAGUGCUCUGGAGAGUAAUAAUGAGGGGUAAAAGGAUUAGGGAGUUUGAGGGAACACUGGAAA